AUGAAGAGACAAGAAGAAGAGUUGGCCGCUUUAAGACAAUAUAAGGAGAAUGAUAACCGAGAGGGAAAUGGCCAACAAGAAGGAAGCCAUACCAAGGUAUUCAAUGCGAGCCAAUCUGCUGAUGAAGGCUUACCUCCCUAUUCUCACCAUGAGACUAGUCCGAAGAAUGUGAGUCUCCACUCUGAGCAACAGACAUCCACGAUCACAAAGAUCUGGAGUACUUUUCGUAAGUUUAAUCCUCCUACUUUCGAUGGAAAUCUUAAGCCGGCGGUAGUUGAAGAAUGGAUAGAUCAAUUGGAGAGUAUUUUUCGUAUGGUUGUGUGCACUUCUAAUCAAAAGGUGCAGCUGGCAAUAUUCCUACUACAGAAGAGUGCUAAGAAAUGGUGGGAAACAUCAGGACCGAAGGAUGAUUCCUCUCUUACUUGGGAAGAUUUUAAAGCCAUAUUGUUCGAGAAUUAUUUUCCUACUGCACUGAGAGCAGAAAAGGAGGCUGAGUUUCAUGCAUUCCGUCAGGGUGAUUUAGAUGAGGAUGAAUUUAUUGAACAAUUCUCAGAAUUAUCUAAAUACUCUACUUACCUCCAGAAACAUGAAGACACGGAGUGGAUGGCUGAACGAUUACUAGAGAAGGCGAGGCCUGAUCUAAGGGAACAGUUAGCCCCUUUUGAGAUCAAGACAUUCAGUGAGAUGUGCAAUAAGCUUCGAAUAGUUUCUCGGAGGAAGAGAGAGGCUAGAUUAGAAGCUGAUAGAGAGAGGAGGAAAGAACCUCAUGGGAAGCCCCCUAUCCACACCGACCCAUUGGUGGAGUAGAGAAGAGGAGCAGUCAAAUCUUUGGAGGCUUUAGAAAUCAGAAGAAGAAGGGCUACUAUCAUAAGGGCCAGAGCUACAGAGGGAAUCAGAGUGGAAGUCAAGGGUCCUAUAGGAGCCCAGCUACCUUUAAUCCUACUCCUAGUGCUGCUAGUAAUCAAGCAUGCAGUAAGUGUGGGAAGUUUCAUUCUGGUGAUUGUUGGGUUUGUUACAUCUGUCAGAAGCCUGGUCAUAUUGCUCGAUUCUGCUAUCAAAACCAAAAUAGGGGUAAUGAUCAGAGACCUACAGUACCAGCACGAGUGUAUGCCCUCUCUGGGCCAGAGGCUGCUAACAACCCUAAUGCUAUCCGAGGAGAAGAGCCACGAGUGACACGUAGAGGAGUCCCAGAGGCUUAGUGGUAUGGAUCCACUGUCUCUUUUGGAUAUUUA